AUGGAACCAACCAGGAAUUAUGAAACAUAUAUCAUCUCUGCUCCAGAGGCUCCUCCAUGUCCAAACACACCACUUCAGGACCCCAAAGAGAGCAAACAGAAACUAGUUGAGGAAGAUGAAGAGGAAGCUAAUAAAGAUCAAGAAAAAGAGAUGAAGCCCAAUAUUUUAGUAGAUCUUGAGCAUUCAAAUGGUGGGUUCAAUCCAGAACUCAACCUCAUUGAUUGCCUGGACAUCGGUUCAUCAGAAGGUACAGCUGCCCCUAGGUCUGAUGGGGCAGAGCCUAGAGUUUUCUCAUGCAACUACUGUCAAAGAAAAUUCUACAGCUCACAGGCACUUGGAGGGCACCAAAAUGCCCACAAAAGAGAGAGGACCCUAGCAAAGAGAGGACAGAGGAUGUUAGGGACACAUGUAAUGGCCUCAGCAGCUGCAGGUUUUGGGUACCCUUACUUGCAUCAUCACCAUCACCACCAUAUUUCAAGCUUGGCUUCUCUGCCUCUCCAUGGCGCUGCUUAUAAUCACAAAACUUUGGACAUUCAGGCGCACUCAAUGAUUCACAAGCCUAAUUCUCACAUGUCAUCUUCUUCUAUUGGGUUCGGAAGUUCGUAUGGAAAUCGUGGCUACAGGUCAAGACCGCUCAUUGAUCAACAACCAGCAAUUGGGAAGCUAGCCGCAGCAGCGGCAGAGAAUUUCCAAACGACGUCAGGGAGAGGCGGUGCUGGUAGAUUUGACAUGGGAAAGAACAAGAUGGGUUCCCAAGCCAAUGACGAAAUUGGUAAAUUCUGGUUGGCAAACGGCAGUCGUUUCAGUAGUGAUCAGGAGGAAAUGAAGAAGCUUGACUUAUCCCUCAAGCUCUAG